UGGAGCCCUUCUCCGGGUCCCCUGCCUGUGCCCUUGGAAUUGUAUGCCAGGAAACAAUAUGAUCUUUCUAAUUGGGCAAGUGGGAGGAGAGUGACCGGGUGAGCCAGGAUGGGCUGGCAAUUGACACCUAAAAAUAGAUCUUUCUCCUCAUGCAUAAACAUUUUUUGGGGGGCGGCUAAAAGCUUUGCGCAUUUCUAACCAUUCUGGAGAAACAUCGCCUUGACAGGUCAAAGGAGGAGGCCACUGGACCAUGGUGCAGCCAGGUGAGGCGCGGGCGCCAGUCGGUGCUGGGGUCCCGACAGAGAAGGCACGUGUCGCUCAGCAUGAAUGCCGCCGCCAAGACCGCGCUGCCACCUGCUGCAGAGUGAAUGACCACAGCUCCACGUGACUACCUUCCCCGCCAGCUGUUUUUUGAUUAACCCCUUGGACUCCUCUUUCCCCACCUUGAAUAUCAAUAUGUGUCAUGUCAUUGUCACCUGUCGUUCAAUGCUCUGGACCCUCCUGAGUAUUGUGGUGGCCUUUGCAGAGCUCAUCGCCUUCAUGAGCGCAGACUGGCUCAUUGGCAAAGCCAAGAGCCGCAGUGGCACAGAGCCAGCCGGCGGGGGAGCGGGCGCGGGCGCCGGCCCAGCGGAGCCCUACCACCCCACCCUGGGAAUCUACGCCCGCUGCAUCCGCAACCCCGGAGUACAGCAUGUGCAGCGAGACACGCUGUGCGGGCCCUACGCGGAGAGCUUCGGGGAGAUCGCCAGUGGCUUCUGGCAGGCCACUGCUAUUUUCCUGGCCGUGGGCAUCUUCAUUCUGUGCACGGUGGCCUUGGUGUCUGUCUUCACCAUGUGUGUGCAGAGCAUCAUGAAGAAGAGUAUUUUCAACGUCUGUGGACUGUUGCAAGGAAUCGCAGGCCUAUUCCUUAUCCUCGGUUUGAUACUGUACCCUGCUGGCUGGGGCUGUCAGAAGGCCAUAGACUACUGUGGACAUUAUGCAUCUGCCUAUAAACCUGGAGACUGCGCCUUGGGCUGGGCCUUCUACACCGCCAUCGGUGGCACCGUCCUCACCUUCAUCUGCGCUGUCUUCUCUGCCCAAGCAGAGAUCGCAACCUCCAGUGACAAAGUACAAGAAGAAAUCGAAGAGGGAAAAAACCUUAUCUGCCUCCUUUAGUUUGGAACAGACACUAAUGCCAUUUUCUUGAGCAAUCUUGUGAAAUAAUCCACCUCCAGUUUCAUGAUUUGAAUCUAGUGGAGAACUAGCCUUUACCUACCGAAGCCACAUUCCACCGCCCCAGGCCUUCACGGGACCAAUGAGCGGCAGCAUGCUGCCAAGCAAAGUUACUGGACGUGAGGACCACGGUGCAAACUACAGGGGACGGAACGUGAAAACAGUGUGCAAACCCUGACAUGAAGUCGCCCAGCUCUGUCUGACUCCAUCUCCCCCAGGGCUCAAUGAAGGAGAAUGAUCUAAAACGCUACGCAGCCAUUUCUCUGGGAACAGAAGAGACUGUUAGCCAGAUCCGCAGGCUGUCCUGAGCAUUUCUGCCCCAUGGCUGCCAGUCUGUGAGCAGCUCUGCCUCAGGGUGAGGUGUGGGGUUGGUGUUUCUGUUUUGCUCUUAGUUCUCUCUAGUUGUCUCAGUUGCAGAGAAGACCACAGCCUUCCUGAGGACAGAACACGUGUGGAAGGGCACACAUGGCAAGAAGCUGUCUUGUGCUCAGCUGGCCGGAGGGGUUGGCAGGA